AAGUACACGACUCCAUGGGAGACAUACGGAACGUUUUACGUGUAUUACGUAUCCAAUAUCCACGGACUUGGUACAAGUGUGCUCUAUCUUAAACCAUCAUAAGGAAAAGCGUGAGGUUGAAUGAUACGGAGGGGUACAAUAAUUUCAUCUAGUAACGUACAGUUGAAUUAGAGUAUUGUGGUGAUGUAUUAAUUACAUGGGACGGUACCCUGGUGUGAAUUUUUGCCGGCUUGGUACAUUUACUUAACAACAAUCACGUGAAAUUAUUUAUUGCACAUCGUGAGAAGCUGGAUUAAAUAUGGAAGGCGGGGUUUGGGGCAUUGUGGUCAUCAUAUCAGCAUUCAUGAUACAGUUUGUUGCUUAUGGGAUAACUGGUUCCAUUGGUAUUUAUAAUGUGGAAUUUCUGGAACAUUUUGAUACCACAGCUUUUGAUAUAUCCUUAAUGUCAUCUAUCAACCUCGGCAUGUUUUUGGGUGCUGGUCCCAUAGCAAGUUAUCUAAUGGACAGAUAUAGUCACCGUAAAGUGGUUUUAGUUGGUGGAUUUAUGAGUUCUGUUGGUAUUUUAGUAAUGCCAUGGUUACCUGGUAUUCCAUAUAUGUAUCUAUUUUAUGGUGUUAUAAAUGGGUUAGGUGGUUGCUUUUCCUAUGUACCGUCACAUGUAUUAAGUGGACUAUAUUAUGAUAAAUAUCAAGGUUUAGCUACUGGAUUAGCUACCGGAGGUUCUGGUCUUGGUAUAACCGUUGGACCUAUGCUAAUAGCUUAUCUGAUUGAGGAAUAUACAUGGAAGGGGUCAUUAUUGAUUUUAUCAGGAAUAUCUUUCAACGUUCUUGUUUUCGGUGCUUUACUUCGUCCACCACCUCCGAGAACUAUUACAGAAAUAGAAGUGCCGACAGUGUCGGCGGAUUUAGCGUUCAGUGCGAAGAAGAAAAUUCCCGAAAAUGGCACCAUCGUGGUACAUGGUAUUGACGACACUGUCACUUUAUCUUUGGAUAUAGUCCCGACGAAAGGUUUGGACGACGAAAACUCAGAUAAAAAUAAGCCUCAUCAAAAAUCAUAUCUGCACAAACUGUUUAAACGUAUUUUAACAAAUGUGGAUUUUAUGAUAUAUUUCAUCAACAAUAUCUUUUGGAAUAUUGGGUUAGCCGUAGCUCUGGCGUUUUUGGCAGAGUAUUGUGUCCAGCAAGGAAUAUCAAAAAUUGACAGCUCCCUUGUUGUGACGAUGGUGGGUUUAGGGAACUUUUUGGGCUGUCUCUUCGGAGGCGUGUUGAGUAACAUCAGACGACUGGACAGCAUAUGUGCAUUUUGUAUGGUGAAUAUAUUAUCAGGUGUCUGUCUAAUGUUGGUCCCAACAUUAACAUCAUAUACACUCAUUGUUACUGUUUCGUUUUUCUUCGGGUUAUUUACUGGAAUAAUUCUUGGCUAUCUCUUGGCCAUCACAGGAGAAAUACUUGGACCCGAGGAUUUUGGGAAUGGCGUUGGUGUUAUAAUGAUAGCUAAUGGACUUGGUGCCUUUGCUGGACCAAUGAUAGCAGGUUAUAUAGAAAGGAGGAGUGGUGGUUUAGGUGGUGGACUUUUAGUUGGUGGAAUAUUUUGUGUUAUUGCUGGAUUUACAAUUCUACUUAUUCCAGUCAGAAAAUGUUUUCUUAAAAACAAUAGACAAAAGCCUGUGGAAGUUUACAUAGGUCCUAUGAAAGAUGCUUCCAUCGGGACAUUGCCAGUGUUAGUGGUGCCAGCUAUUACAGCGGAUGGUUUAUCAGACGAAAAAGUUAUUCUCGGUGGCGCAAUUCACAGUUGUUUACAGAAACCCAGCUUCUUCAAACAAGUGAAUCUUGAAGAUGAAGAGUAAAAUUAUUUAAUUAAUUAAUUAGCGCACCAUUCUAAGAUUAAACAUACAUUAUACAA